CAUUUUCAGAUAUGUCUAGAAAAACUAUAUAUCCUUGCGAUAAAACGCGUAAGUAUCAGCUUCGAAAUAUUAUUUGUUUACAUUACAAGGGUAAGAGAGUUUGAAUUUCAUCAUAUUUUAUCGGCAAGGUAAUAUAAACCACAGACGAUAGUAAUUUUGCCUCAUUAUCCAUUCUGCGGGCAGUGAAUUCUGAGCAUAACGAAGGAUCUAGAAAGUAUUGCGGCAUUACGAGCAUAUGUAUAGUAAUGAGAUAGGCAAUCGUUUACUACAAGAUGUACGUCACUUUCAUUCCAUAUUUGCUAGGGACUAUUUUGUCCGUCGAUAAUGUGGAAAAAUGGAUCCUGGGUUCAGAAUAUAUGUUGCAAUUGACCAAAGUCACCGUAAUACACACAGAAACUCUUACAGCUGAGGAUUUAACAGCUAUGGUAAAGUGUCAACCAAAAAUAUCGGACGGCCUGAUCUGUUGCAUACAGAACGUCACAUUCCUGACAACCUUGAAGCACGAAAAUAAUACGCAAAGCGCAUCGUUAGAAAAGAUCAAUACGGAACAGAUAUUCGAGAUAAACUUUAAUAAAUACGGUGUGCAGAGUCUAGCAAUGGAGCUAAAUUCUGAUAUCGGCUUUAAUAUUAUCAAAUGGGUCGUUGAGCAAUUCAAUGUCGGCAUCAAUCUGAAAAUUAAGUCCGAACAAAAUAUGACAAGUGAUGAAAACGUGAAAGCUGGAUUACAUAUAAACAACUCAUUCACAGAGAUCGAAAACGUAUGGAAAAAUACUAAAUGUAAUACGUCAUACUUAAUAACAUAUAAAUCACAUACUGAAAUUGACUUUAAUACGAGCGAGUUGGCUCUCAACGAGAUUCCAUACUCAAAAGUUCAAAAGAAUGAUUUUCAAUUCAUAGUGCUGCCGAUAUCUUAUAUCGGACUCAAUCUUACGAAUCCCAUUAAUCAGAUUUUUUCGAUUGUCAGACAUAGAGAGACAUGCAUUAAUCAACCGCGAUACCUCAAGUUGCGAAAAGAGGUGUGGAACAUACGUGAAGUGACAACAUAUUUUAACAAAAUUGAGGUCAAAGACAAAGCAUUCAAGUUCUUAAGUUAUACUCAUUUAGAGGGGAGAUUAUUAAAGAAACAUUUGAAAGAAAGCCCCAUGUUUGAGGAAAGAGUGUAUCUGAAGCUAAUUGAAAUCAAACCUGCAUCAAAUAGGUUAUAUAUGACUAACGAUACAUUCGUCUUUCAGUUCAUUGAUGUGUAUAGAAAUGAUAGUCAGAAAUGAAUAUAUUUAUUAUUUAUAUGAAAAUAUAAUGAACAUAUUUGAAUGAAAAUUUGAAUAUAUAAUACUGUA